AUGUCAACCCCUCCAACAUUCCGCGUCGCAACCCUGGCCGACGUCGACGGUAUUGCCGAAUGUGCAGCCGAAGCAAUGAUGGAAGAUGAUCUUUUCGGUGCCCUCUGGCCCCGCCGAAAGGAGUACCCAGACCAAUUCGUAGGGUAUUUCCGAGGCCGUGCCAGGGAGCGCAUCCUCGAUCAUACUGUUGUUACAUUGAUCUCGGAGAUGCCCGUCCAAGAGAAUGGAAAGGAGAUAUUGAAGGUUGUCGGUAUGGCGCAGUGGCAGAAGUUUGGCAAGCCGAGUGUUGAAACCGGAUGGAGUGUUUAUAAAGCUGCUGGCAGUAGGUUAAUUGGAUUUCAAGACUGGGCCUACUCAUGGUUCCAACCAAAGGAAACAGCCUCGGACCCAGAAGCCGUAGCGAGGUUCAUGGAAGACUUCACAGAAAUGGAACAUAAAUUCUGGUUCAAAGACGGGAAGGAGCACGACAGGUGGCACCUCCAACUUCUGGCCGUCCAUUCGAUAGCCAGGAGGCGAGGGAUAGGAGGAAGACUAGUUGAGCUAGGUGUUGAACGAGCGAAACGGGACGGCUGUGAUGCCAGCCUCGAAGCUAGCCCUAUGGGAUUGCCUGUCUAUCAGUCGAAGGGAUUUGAGGUGCUCGAUACCUACAUGAUGAAGGUCAAGGGAUCGGACGGACAGCCGAUACCGUCGCCGAUAUUGAUGUGGAAGAACCCGGACGUUAAGAGAUAG